CAAUCCAACGGUCCGAUUCGACCAAGUCAGUCUCUCUUCAAAAGCUACACUGUCACGACACUAAUCACCAUCUUCUUCUUCUUCUUCUUCUUCGCUCUCUUGAAUCAUCAGUUAAAUAGAGAAAAGAGAGAGAUGUUGCUUAAAAGUUCAAUUCAGAGAGUGAGAAAUGUGAGGGCUUUAUUAAGACCUCAGAUCUUUGCUUUGAGAAGCUCUGAUUUUUCCACUGCUGCUCAACCUUCUUCUACUAGCCACCGUAAAUCUCUGAGAGUUCCAAAUCUUAUUGGAGGAACAUUUGUUGAUUCAAAGUCAUCUUCAGCAAUUGAUGUAAUAAACCCUGCUACACAAGAAAUUGUAUCUCAUGUUCCUUUAACUACAAAUGAAGAGUUUAAAGCCGCGGUUUCUGCAGCAAAGCUGGCUUUUCCGUCUUGGCGCAAUACACCAAUUACCACCCGUCAACGCAUUAUGCUCAAGCUUCAAGAACUUAUUCGUAGAGACAUUGAUAAGCUUGCGGUGAAUAUUACUUGUGAGCAAGGGAAGACUUUGAAGGAUGCACACGGUGAUGUGUUCCGUGGGCUUGAGGUCGUGGAACAUGCUUGUGGAAUGGCAACUCUACAAAUGGGAGAGUACGUUCCUAAUGUGUCAAAUGGAAUUGAUACCUACAGCAUUAGGGAGCCACUUGGUGUGUGCGCUGGGAUUUGCCCUUUUAACUUUCCUGCAAUGAUUCCCUUAUGGAUGUUCCCUGUUGCGGUAACAUGUGGGAAUACCUUUGUCUUAAAGCCAUCAGAGAAAGAUCCAGGAGCUUCUAUAAUCCUUGCCGAGCUAGCAAUGGAAGCUGGUCUGCCUGAUGGUGUCUUAAAUAUCGUUCACGGUACCAAUGAUAUUGUUAAUGCUAUUUGUGAUGACGAUGAUAUCAGAGCUAUAUCUUUCGUUGGUUCCAAUACAGCUGGCAUGCAUAUAUAUGGAAGAGCAUCAGCUAAAGGCAAACGUGUUCAGUCCAACAUGGGAGCCAAGAAUCAUGGAAUUGUCCUGCCUGAUGCAAACAUGGAUGCUACUUUGAAUGCCCUAGUUGCUGCUGGUUUUGGUGCUGCUGGACAGCGGUGCAUGGCACUAAGCACAGUAGUUUUUGUGGGAGACUCACAGUCAUGGGAAAAUAAACUGGUGGAACGUGCAAAAGCUCUAAAAGUAAAUGCUGGAACAGAGCCUGAUGCAGACCUGGGUCCAGUGAUUAGCAAACAAGCCAAGGAGCGAGUACACAGAUUAAUUCAAAGUGGUGUCGAGAGUGGUGCCAAGCUACUGCUUGAUGGAAGAAAUAUAGUGGUUCCGGGAUAUGAGCUGGGCAAUUUUAUUGGUCCUACCAUCUUGUCAGGUGUCACAGCUGAUAUGGAAUGCUACAAGGAGGAAAUCUUUGGACCAGUUCUUCUAUGCAUGCAGGCUGAUAGUUUUGAAGAAGCCAUCAACAUCGUUAAUAGAAAUAAAUACGGCAAUGGCGCUGCCAUAUUUACCACUUCUGGUGCUGCUGCAAGGAAAUUCCAGACUGAGAUAGAGGCUGGGCAGGUUGGCAUCAAUGUUCCUAUACCAGUUCCACUGCCCUUUUUCUCGUUUACAGGGUCCAAGGCAUCUUUUGCAGGCGAUCUUAAUUUCUACGGUAAAGCUGGAGUUAACUUUUACACCCAGAUUAAAACAAUAACUCAACAAUGGAAGGAUUUGCCAAGCGGCAGUGGGGUUUCCCUGGCAAUGCCCACAUCACAAAAGAUGUAAUGUUUACUGUAAUUAUACCAUCUUAACUUGCUUUGAGCCUUCAAUAAAUCAAUGUCCUUGUUCA